CAAGGCAUGCCCAUCGUGGUCUGUGCUGCUGCAUUCUGGACAGCUGAAGCUUCUGGAUGGUCUUCCAGGUCAGCUCCACGUAGAGUGUGUGCCAGUAGCCAAGCCACGAAGUGACCAGGGCAUGUGACUGUCUGAAGGGCCCCCGAUCCAGGAAAGGGUGCAACUGGCGCACAAGAUGAAGCUGUGCAAAACCCUUCCUGGCCACAGCGGCCACCUAUGAAUGAUGAUUAUCAAUCCACACGGAAACAGGCACAUCCUGUUUUCAAUCCACAUGGAAACUCAGAAAGGCAACACGAGGAAACGCUUUUCUUUCCUUCGCCCACGAGAGGGCUCUCGGGUUUUUCUUUGCUAGGCCCGAGGAAGCUGCCAGCUCUCCUCUUCGCUGCCAACGGCGUGCAAGAUUCCUGCUUCGUUUUCCGGGUUACGGGGAGGCUGCUGCGGCUGCUCCACCACGUGGCCGUCCCAUUUCGAUGCAAGGAGGUCUAGCGGGGAAAAGACCUUCCUCGCUCCUUUCGGGCUUGCCCGCAAAGUGGGAACGCUGUUCCUUCUCCAUUCGGCCCAGAGGGCUUCUUGACGCACGGCUGAACCUGGGCAGUCGCAAGGUUUUCUUAGCGAUGGCGUCCCACAAGUUUCUGCUUUCCCGAGUCCAAGCAGAAGCAGCGAUCGGUUGGGCCCCAGGGGAUCAGCUCGGGGCCUGGUCUAGAAGAAGGUGUGUUUGGUCAGCCUCCAUGAAAGUUCCAGAAGACUAUCGCUUUGGAAAAGAGGAGCGGGCCGGCACCCGUGGGGAGGUCAUGGCGGACAUGAACACCCUGUUCCAAGACAUGGAGGAGUACAACAGAGAGAGGUUUCGCUCCGAUGCUCUCCCUUUGGGAGAAACUCCCUGGCAGACUCUGUUCCGGCUGGGAGAGACAGCUCAGAGAUGGCUAAGGCCGCAGGACCGCACCAAAGGACAGAUUGUGGAUGUGGUCAUCCUGGAGCAGUUUCUGCAUGUGCUUCCUUUGGGAAUGCAGGCCUGGGUGAGAGCCAGGAAACCAAGUAGCAGCCAGGAGGCAGCUCAGCUGGCUGAAGCUUACCUGGAGCAACAGUGCCCUGUGUCUUUCCAGGAAGUGGCUGUAUAUUUCACCCAAGAGGAGUGGGACCUUCUAGAUGAGGAACAAAGAGUCUUGUAUUACACUGUUAUGCAAGAAAAUUCUGAGAACAUGACAGAGCUCUUGAUUUCCAAAUCUGACCCAAGUCUCCAGCCCAAGUGGGAAGAAGAGCCACAAGUGGCUGAUCUCCAGACAUUCAAAGGAAAAGACUCUAUCGUUCAAGGGGUUGUGAAUUGUGAGGACAUAGCUAUGUUUGAAUUACCACUCCAAUAUGCAUAUGACAGUUCUCAUAACGGUGAACCUGACAUGAUCUUCCAGAUCGGAGCAGAGGGAAAGGUUCAGGAGUCUGAAGAAAGGAAUAAUCUGAGGCAUUCUUCUCCAGAACUUCUGUAUAUGAGAAAGGAUCCUCAUCAAGAAGAGCCUGGAGCAGAGCAAGUUCAUGAGCCAUCGCGGUGGGAUGUGUUCUUUGAUCCCAAAAGAUCUGAAGAAGCAGUGGAGAUCAAAUCAAUAAGACAGCAGGGGCUAUUACCAGAGCUGACACACGCUUCUAAAGCUGACAAGAAAAUGCCCAGGAGUAGCUCCCAAACAGGUACCACUGUAUCAAAAAGAAAUUAUGCCUGUUCUGAGUGUGGGAGAAGUUUUGAUCGCCGUUCCAACUUAAUUAAACACCAGAGGAUCCACACAGGAGAAAAGCCAUAUCCGUGUAUUGAAUGCGGGAAAUGCUUUGACCAGCAGUCCAAUCUAAACGUCCACCUGAGGGUUCAUACCGGAGAGAAACCAUAUGGCUGCCCUGAUUGUGGCAAAAGAUUUAGUGUCAAAUCUCAUUUACAUGGACAUUACAGGAUACACACAGGAGAGAAGCCUUAUGAAUGUGAAGGCUGUGGGAAGAGAUUCCGUGUGAAAUCUUCCCUAAAUAAGCACCAGCGAACCCAUACAGGAGAUCCCAAGCUGACCAAACCAACUGAGAUCAAAUCAGAAGGCCCCCAGGUAAUAUUACCAGAGCUGACACGGGUGUAUGCAGCUCCUGAAACAGAAAAUUUCAUUAAAAUUAUGAGUAGCAAGCCCCCAGUAGGAAUCACAGUGUCAGACAGAAAUUAUGCCUGUUCUGAGUGUGGGAAGAGUUUUGAUCGGCCUUCACACCUUAUUAAACACCAGAGGAUCCACACAGGAGAAAAGCCAUAUCCAUGUACUGAAUGCGGGAAACGUUUUCAUCAGCAAUCUAACCUUAAUGUCCAUUUACGUCUCCAUACUGGGGAGAAACCUUAUGGCUGUCCCGAUUGUGGCAAAAGAUUCAACAUCAAAUCCCACCUACAUGGACAUUACAGGAUCCACACAGACAUUUCAUUGCUAGACCAGGUAACAUCUGCAAGAACAUCUAGCAAAAAACAUCUGCAACUUCUAGGAAACACCUGCAAUAUCAAGGCCAAACAACAAGAAGAAUCUUAACAAUUUAGCCCGAGCUACAUAUAUUCUGCACUAUUGGGAUAACGUCCUUCAUAUCUUCAUAUUCCCAAGGAUUCAGGGUUCCAGUAAGCGUUCCAUUGUCUGAGUUAAUGACCUAAAAGUUAAUAAUUUUAAUAUUUUAAUUACUGUUCUUUAAAGCAAGAUGGUGAAUGGAAUACCAGCUGAACGUUGUGUUUUUAACUAGCUAUCUCUGUAUAAUUUUAGUUCUUUUUGCAUUGUCUGUUUUAGCCAUUGCUACUUUUAACUGGUUGUUUUAAUAUGUAGCUUUUUAAUUAGAUUUAUAUGGAUUUUAAAUGUAUUUGCAUUUUUACUGUGCAUUGCCCAAAUCUUAGAAAUAAAUAAAUAGUCUUCUCAAAAA